CUGGAUCUUCCUGGGCGUGUCCCUCGAGUGCCAUGAGCAGUGUGAUUAAAAGCUGGAGCAUCUUCUUGUCAUUCCAGCCCAGAAUUGCCCAAUCUUUGCCUCCGGCCAAAGGUGAUAAAAUGCCAGGUGCGGCUGCUUUGGGUGGGGGGUGCACAUCACAAAUGUGUGGCAGAGCCGGCCAGGUGACAUCACAGAGAGCAGGGCGGGGCACGGGACGCAGGGCAGUCAGGCCCGGUCCGUCCAGCGCUCCCCCUGCAGUGGUGGCUGACGGGACGCCCUCAAAGGGCCGUGCCAGGCUGCGGUUUGUCUGCACACUCCCCUCCCGCCACCCACGCAAGCAUCUGCUCCAAUUACAGAGCUCGGGGUGUCUGGGAUGCGGCGAGAGACCCACCUACGAGGGAAGAACCCGGUACUCCCGGAUCAUAGCGGGGCUGGAGGCAGAGGUGGGCGAGUUCCCGUGGCAGGUGAGCAUUCAGGCAGAAAACCAGCAUUUCUGUGGCGGCGCCAUCCUGGACAAGUGGUGGAUCCUCACGGCAGCUCACUGCAUGACGAUGACGAUCCCCAUCUCACCUGUGGAUCUGAACGUCGUGGUGGGGACCAACGACUUAACCAGCUCUCACGUGGAGGUAAAGCGGGUGGCCGCCAUUAUUCUCCACAAGGACUUUAAAAAAGCCAACAUGGUCAACGACAUCGCCUUGCUCCUGCUGGCCACACCGAUCGCGUUCAGUGACCUGAAGGUGCCCAUCUGCCUGCCCAUGGCGUCCGGCCCCUCCAAGUGGCACCAGUGCUGGGUGGCAGGAUGGGGCCAGACCAACCCUGUCGACAAAAACUCCAUGCAGACAGACCUGAUGAAAGUGCCGAUGAUCAUCACGGACUGGGAGAAGUGUGCAAAGGAUUUCCCCCAACUUGGCAGAAACAUGCUGUGCGCCGGGUACAAGAACGAGAGCUACGACGCCUGCCAGGGUGACAGUGGGGGGCCUCUGGUCUGCACCCCGGAGCCUGGUGGAAAGUGGUACCAGGUCGGCAUUAUCAGCUGGGGCAGGAGCUGUGGCCAGAAGGGGACCUCGGGGGUAUACACCAACGUGGCCACCUACAGCGUCUGGAUCAAUAAGGUGACCCAGAAUGAAGGAAGGCCCUUGGAGACCCUGGAAAUGAGGGGCCUGAAGCAGAGAGCAACCAGCCCCCGAGCCUCGAGACCCCCGGAGCCAGGAAGCCCCCAGUUCUGGCUCUGGCUCUGCCUCCCAUCCUAUGUGUUAUAUAGAGCUAUUUUCUACCAAAAAUAAAACAGAUUCUAUUUUUGAACCCUA